UGGGAGACCGGUUGCCUUAAAAUAUUUAACCAAAAACGUCAGUGAAUCAUUUCCCGGAACAAAGCCACGGGAGGUGGAGUUAUUGGAGAUGGUGUCCAAGCCACCUCGCUGUAAGAAUGUGGUGGAGCUUCUGGAAUGGCUGGAUGUGUCCACUUCUUUUGUCUUGGUGUUUGAGCGACCCAGCCCCUGCAUGGACCUCCAGACAUUCCUUAGAAUGAGCAAAAAUAAUCGUCUCUCUGAAGACAUGGCUCGGGAGAUCAUGCGACAGUUGAUUCAAGCUGUUAGUGACUGCAUUGACCACGGAGUUUUUCAUGGCGACCUCCAUUCCAAAAAUAUUCUGGUGAAUACGGACACACUGGAGGUGAAGUUAACAGACUUCAGUUAUGGCAAUUUUGUGUCAAACUUCAGCAAGAUGGGUUAUGCUUCUUGCUUCAGGAACCUGGGCUUAAUCCUGGUUGAGUUGAUCUCUGGAGACGUUCACAUUGACUAUUCUGAUGAGAUCAUAAAGAAGUGUUCACAGGUUGUUUCUCCAGUCCACAUGAACAGAGAUUAA